AUGCGGUUCACUCCUCUCUCAAUCACAAACGUCUUGUUCUAUCUCCUUCCGGCAGUCACCGCCCAGACAGAUAGUUGCAUAUCCAGCUCGAUCUCCACGGAAUCAGACAGGGAGCACAGUACCACUGUGAACUUUGACGCAACAACCAACACAUACACUGCGACUGUUCCGCCUGGAAGUAUGACUCUCAUCCGCCCGGCUCUGAACAUCACCAACAAUGGGGGGUACAAGCGACUAUUCUGCCUCGCAAGCGAACCUGCAAGGCCCCAAGCAGUCAGUUGCUUUGCGCUGUCACCGCACUCGGCGUGCAUGUUGCCCGAUUAUUAUGGUGAGCCGUUCAGGCUCGACACAUACAGGCGAUGA